AUGCUGCUGCUGCUGCGUCUCUGCUGCUUCACCUGCGCCUGCCUCCUCUCAGUGGCAGCGGUUACCACGGAGACGGUGGUGGGCGUUGCCGGGCGCAGCGUGACGUUGCCGUGUCGCUCAGAGGCGAUGAAGCAGAGAGGAGCAGCGGUGUGUUGGGGGAGGGAGGAGCCUUCUCUGUUCACCUGCCAUGACAUGCUGAUCAAUACUGCUGCAGGUCAGGUGACUUACAGGAAGUCCAACAGGUAUUCCGUCUCCUCCUCAGAGUCCGGCUCCUCGUCUUUGUCCAUCUCUGACUCUCGAACAUCAGACUCUGGUUUCUAUCACUGCAGAGUGGAGCGACCCGGCCUUUUUAACGACCAAACGUUUCGCCUCCACCUCAUCAUCAUCAGCAGCUCUCGCUCUGUGAUCGACUCUCCUGCCACAGAAAGCUCCGACCUCUCAGAUGAAGGAGACACUGAGACCCUGAACGCACCACGAACUGCAACCACAGGUUACAGCAGAGGAGACGAGAGGGCGGCGACAGGAAGUGAUGUCACAGCAGAUGACACCACGGGGCCCAUGGUGGCACUGGUUCAGUCAGCUGGUCAUCAGGUCAACAGUCUGCAGAUCUUCAUCGGACACACACUCAGACUCUCCCUCAUCAUCUUCAUACCUGCACUGCUGCUGACAGCUGCUUACAGAGUGUGGCGGUCCAAUCAGAGAGCAGCGGCGGACAGGAGGCUGAACCAAUCAGAGGAGGAGGACAGCUCAGUGUAGACACACAGGAAUCACAUUACUGAAAUAAUUGAACUUUCUGCUGUAACAUUUCAAAUCUGUGUUGUUGUUGUUUUCCUUUAAAAUAAUCAAACAAUCCAAACAAACUGUCUCAGUGAGCAGCAGCAGAAUUAUUUCUGAGUCUUAAUGAAGAUAAUUAAUGGAAUAAAUAC